CUAGGACACAUAGACCUUCUGGAAGGACUUGAUGGGAUAUGACUCACGGCUCCGCGGACACUGCACACGCCCGCCAGACACACCAUAGAUGCCACUUAAGGGUAUUUCCAGCUCCCGGCUAACCUCGACGUAGCCAUUGGUCGACUGAGCUGCCAGGGCCUCAAUCGCCUGCAACACACACACACACACACACACAACCACAGCACACAUUCAGCACACUGCCUGCCAGCAUCAUGUGUGUGUGUGUGUGUGUUUGCCGCUCACCGAGGUGGCGUACACAAACCCGGCCGGCGACGCCAGUGGAGGAUCGUUCUCAGCCUGACAACCAUCACACAACAAGUGUUCACACAACAAGUGUUCACAAGAACACAUGCCUCUCCUCUCCCCCUCCCUCUGCUCACGAUGGGUUCUCCAGUGAUGCCGCAGACGAGUGUGCUCUGGACGUGGUGGGGUGCUGGGACGUCCUUGAGGUACUGUGUCCACCCCGGGUCGCACGUAGGGCAUGUGACGGAGCGGUGCUCCUCACACAGGGGGGACUUCAUGGCGAAGAAGCCCGCCUGCAGGAGGAUCUCCAGGAGGGGCUUGGGGGGGAAGCCGUAGAGCUGAGAACACUGCACACACCGAAACAAAGAGAUACACAUUCAAUGUGCGUAUCAAUGGGUUUUGUCCGUGUGGUGUGGGUGGCUGACGGCUUCAUUGAAGAGAGAGGUGAGCAGGUCCCACCGAGAGUCCUCCAUCAGCCGCUGACACGCCACGCCAUGGACACACACACGUGAUUUCGUGAGUGAGUGAGUGUUGGCGCGUGUGCAUUGUCUGUUUAUCCCCCCCUGGGCAUGGCAUCACUCCCUCCCUGGCUGGCUGACCAUGUAUUCGUUUGGCAGCUUGUCAGUGCCGAUGUUGACGAAAGCCAACAUGGCCAUGAUCUUGCGCAGCUCAGCGCAACCCUCUGAACCAACCAUCCAGACAACGCCAUCACAAAACGCAUGUCAUGUGAUGUGCCUCCGUCUCGUCAGGCUGCAUGAGAUUGUGUGUGUACUUUCAUUGCUGUGCAUUCCCUCCCUGACCGACCGAUGUCUGAUGGAUUGAGAUUCUCGCGCACAUAUUUGACGGCCUGGCCACACACACACACAGAGUCAGAAGGGCAACAUUUCAGAGCGCAUGUCGUUUCCCUCCCUCCCUCCGCCCCCUCACCUCUUGUGCUUUCUUGUCUGCCAUGAGCCCAAUGACGUGCUGCAGAUGCAGCUGCGUCUCGAAGGACGACUGCACAACACAACACACCGCACCAGACGACACACACGAUGCACACGCAGCCGUUGCAGACAGUCAUCUAUCUGUGUGUGGUGUGGUGUGGUGUGGUGCCUGCAGUUUCUUGAGCCUCGAUUUGUUGGCGGUGCACCACUCGAGGGCCACGGCGGUCUCGUGCCGCUGGAGGCUCUGCAGCACCUCGUUGGCCUGACGGAACACCUCCUCGUCCACCAUGUCCUGACACGCACAACAAACACACACCAUGCUCACAAUACGUAAGGCACACACACACAGCUCUCCCUCCCUCCCUCCCUCUGUGUGCCUGUUUGCCUGCCUCUCUGCGUCGCUAACCCACCUCCAGAUCCGCCGCCUCCUUGAGUGCGUCCGCCGUCUUGGUGAGCCCCCUCCUGGCGAGGUAGUCAUAGACCAUCCUGUCGACCUUGCGGGCGUAGGUGUCGAAGGAGAAGUCCCUCUGCCACCCAGCCAAAGUGUGUGGGCCCAGGUGGCCCACGGGGAUGGCCGGCUCCUCCUGCAGAGUCCGCAGCCGCUUCUGGCAACGCGACACGUACAUGUCUGCUUCCUGGGAGGCUUCUUCCACCUAGUGGACACACACACCCAUACACACAGAGAGAGAGGGACGGAGAGAUCAAGGAAGGGAUGGCCAUGCCAUGUAUGAGUGUGUGUGACACACACGCACACACAGCCAUACACACACACAGGGAGGUCCAUGCCAUGCCUACCUACCUACCUUGUUUUUGAGGUUUUGCAGCUUGUUGAUGAGUCUGUCCAUCCGGGUGAGGCACUCAUCCCUGGCCCCCUCGGAGCAGGACCUCCCGAUGUAGGUGACGGUGGCGCCCACCUCCUUCUCGACCUGCUUCUGCAGAUUGCGAAAGGCCUUCAUCAGACACUCGUAAGGCACCUUGAUGAAGGCGUACUCGUAAGCCGGCACCUCGGCCGACGGAGAAGUGGGUGCACUGCCGGCACUGCCAGCGCUCCCAUCUGUAGCAGCUGACGAGCGGCGCUGGGCUGCGGCUUCGCCAGUGGCACCGUUGUUCAUGCUGGGUGUUGCCGAGUGUGCUGUGCUUGUCAAUCCGCUGUCUUGGCGCGUGCAGGGGCGGUCUUGUCCCUUCUUCCUCUUCCUCUUCUUCCCUUUUUGCACCGGGGGGAGCUUCCCUUUUUUCCGCGAG